AUGUCUGCCAAGCGGCACCGUCCUGACCAGUCUGGGGAAUCUAUUGUCCCAGAGGUGGCCAAAGCAUUGAAAUGGUGGUCCAACGGCGUUCGCCUUACUGGUGGCGCCAUCCGACCAGAUAAAUCCUUUUGGUAUCUGAUUGACUUCAAGUGGAAUGCCCAACAAGGGGUAUGGAAAUUCCGGCGGAAGGGGGAUUUCAAACCAUCUCUUCUUCCAACAGGAAUGUCGGAAAUUGCGGUUGAACUGGAUGAUCUGGAUGGCACUCCAGUGCAUCUACGGUGGUUGGAACCGGACGAAUCGGCGAAGACUUUGGGUAUCCUGAUGUCCCCCUGCUCCAACAGGAAAGCACAAUUUGUGGUGAUGCAGGGGAAAGCAAAAGCAUGGGCGGACCAGAUCCAACCUAGCUUCCUCCACCAAUACGAUGUCCUCCCUCUCCUUUGCACCACAAUCCAGAAGACUUUGGAGUACCCCAUGGCGCUCACCUUCUUCUCUCAGCAGGAGUGGGACCGGCUCCUAUCCCCAGUGCUCAGGGCGGCACUUCCAAAGGCUGGUAUCUGCCGCAACUUUCCUCGUGCUAUGGUCUAUGCCCCCAUUGCACUCCAAGGAGUGGGUGUCCCUCAUCCGUACGGUCUCUAA